UUUGUUGACAGCACCUUCUUUAUUAGUAGUAUUUUUGUUUUAUAUCAUUAUGAUCUAAUCUCAUGUUACUAUUCUUGGAAUUGGUGAAACUUUACCAUGAUCUCUCCUCUGGGAUAUCUAUUUAUCUUCUCUGCUUUAGCAACAGGUGGCUCCACUCUCUCAUGCAUAUCGUGCUUCUCAAACUUGUCUUCGAAUGGAUCCUGCACGGGAAACAACGUGACUUGCCCUUCUGAUUACGUCUGUGCAUCUUCAUUCAUGGAAAUUAAAGACUUGGGUGGAGUUAAUAUAAGUGUUGUGAGAUCAUGUCAACCACGGACCAUGUGUGAUGCAGUUGCAAGUAUGAGCUAUUCUGGUGGAAAAAUCAACACUGGGGUAUCCUGCUGCCUUACUGACAACUGUUCCCCAGCUUACCCUACAUGGCCAUCCAAUAAUUCCCAAAAUGGACUGAAAUGUCCUACUUGUAUAACGACCAAUUCGUCAUGCACUCCUUCAGUAAGCCUUCUUUGUACGGGGUACGAGAACGUGUGUGGUGUCCAGACUAUAAAUUCAAGUUCUGGAGUUCAGAUGUUUUAUGGUUGUGCUACAGGAACGUUUUGUGAGAUUGCUAACAUUUCAAUGAAUGCCAGCAAGGAUUUUCCAUACUCCUGCAACACAACCUCAGCUGGUUCUGUUCUCGAGUGCACAUCGUGUUUUGUAUCAGGUGCGACAUCCUGCACAGGGAGCAGCGUGUUCUGUCCAGAGGGAUAUGUCUGUGCUUCAAUUUUUACAAAAACUACCACUAAAGAUGGAGAAACUGUAAAUUUAAUGAGAUCCUGUCAACCAGUGAGAAAGUGCAGUCAAUAUGGAACCAUGAGUUAUUCCGGAGCUAAGAUUAGUAUGAUAUCAAAAUGCUGUGCUAACAACAACUGUACUCCAUCUAUACCUACAUGGCCAAAUACUAAUUCUACAGUUAAAAAACGAACAUGUCCAAGCUGCUCCUCAAAUAAUUCUUCUUGUACUUACUCAAAGGAAAUACAAUGUACUGGGAAUGAGACUAUAUGUGUUUCUCGGAAUUUGCAGACAUCAGGUGCCAUGUCAAAAGAAGAGGCAAUUCGUGGUUGUGGGACCAUUUCUCUGUGCUUUCUUAAAUCGCUUUCUGCUACAGGAGGUGGUGUAAACGUUAAGAUGGAUUUUGCGUGUUACAGUGGUGGUUCCAUUCUCCGUUAUGGAAUUUUGCUUCAUGCAGGGGUUUCAUUUUGGAUAUUUAACUAUUUACUUCAAACAUUAUAAAGAAACCCGACGUUGAUAUCUUCGUGGACGUUAGAAGAGGUUCUCACUGAAUUUUAAUGUGCCCAUUUAUAUGUUUAUCCACAAAGCAAUCACAGAGAAAACACUGCCUUGGAUUUACAAACAUAAAUUAUCCAAUGGGCUCCUUAAUUGCUGGGCACACUAUGUCGAUUGCUAUAAUG